UUCUAUGAACCAAAAUGUCAUUCUAACCUAUUAGAUUUGUACGUCCUCUAUUUGGUGAUUGACGUACUUACUAAUUUUUAUGCACUACCAGCAAGGAUGGCCAGGCUGAAGCAGGCGAAGGAAGAAGCUGAGAAGGAGGUUGCUGAAUUCCGUGCCCACAUGGAAGCUGAGUUCCAGAAGAAGCUUGCUGCGAGCAGCGGAGAUUCUGGUGCUAAUGUAAAGCGCCUUGAACAAGAAACUGCGAGCAAAAUCCUCCAGCUGAAGGAACAAUCAUCAAGUAUCUCUCGGGAUGUGGGUAAU